AACCAAUAGGUUUGCCUUUUCUUUAAUGCCAAUAAUAUUUACAUAACAAAAUUGUAAUUGUAAAAGUAAUAAAAAAAUGUUUUUGAAAAAAUUGGCUUGCAAUGUGUUACGUACGAUUUCUUACAAAACGACACACGCGAUACGAGCAGCUAAAACACGAAGCGAUCUAACGUCAGCUGCAUUAGUGCUCAUACUACUAUUUGUGAUCAUAUACUACUGUGGUUAUCGCUUACGCACCGGCUAUAAAACUGAUUUAGAGAAUACUGAUACGAGAGAGUUGUUAGAUCGAAAUGUGAUGUUGGAUUUCGGCGGUCCGAAUGAGAAUUUCGUGGUGAAUGAUAGUGUGUGUAAAAUACCACGCAUAAGUACCUUUUCACCGGCUGUAAGUACCAACGCAAAGCUGGCAGCUAUGCAAGCGCCGAAUGUGAUUUGUGGAACGAAACUUCAACGCACAAAACCGUUGGUCUCUAAGCGAUUCGAUAAUAUAUCCAGUCGUUACUAUUUGCAUAUAAAUGAGGAAUGGAAACCUCUAUACCUGCAGGAGGAGCGCGCUGAGCUUACUUGCUGUUUUAGAGAGAUAAAGAAUGAGACCAGUGCUGAUAAGUUGAUUGGUACACCUUGUUUUAUCUUCAAGCAAGACUUUAUCGUACCACUCGAUGUGGUUGGAACUAUUGUUAACUGUAUGCAGCGUGGCGACAAGAAAAUUGUUUUCAUGGAUGCAUUUUCGUUUAUACAUAAGCGAAAUUUUAGCAAAGAUUGGACACGCAGUAAGAAAGUUGGUGUAUUGCUUUUUGGUCUGGAUGGUCUGUCACAGAUUAAUUUGCGCCGUCGAAUGCCGAAAACAUAUAGUUACUUACAAGAUAACAAUCAUCGUUGGUUCGAGUUGCUGGGGUUUAAUAAGCUCGGCUACGAUGCCUUUCCUAACAUAAUGGCGCUCUUAACGGGUCGCCAGCUUCAACAGCAGGAAACUGUUUAUGCUUGUAAGCGAGGUGGCAUUCUUGACGGCUGUCCGUUUCUGUGGCAACAGGUCAGUAAUAUGGGCAUGCCAACCGCCUACGCUGAGGAUUGUAGGUACGACAGUACUGAGACUCUACGAUUCCAACAUUCGCCCACGGAUUAUUACCUUCAGCCGUUUAUGCGGGCCGUGGAGCGUCGUCUGCGAACGGAUACAUACUACAUAACACCACAAUAUUGCUUGGGACCGCGGCUCGCAGGCAGUUAUGUGUUGGAUUAUGCUGUCGAGUUCGCGCAGAGUUUUGCCGGCGUUGGCGGUUUAGGUAUAUUUUGGGUAAAUAGUUUUAGCGAACAGCAUGUGUUACCGACAAAGAUUGAUCACGAAUUCGCCAAAUAUUUGAGGUUAGUGAAAAGCGCUGAGGUACUUGAAAAUUAUGUGGUGUUAUUACUCAGCGCUAAUGGCAUGCUACGCGGUCGACUUAACAAUCUCGCUAGCGGAUUUUAUGAAGAACGUUUACCCAUACUUUACAUUUCACUACCUGAAGCUUGGAAGACGACUCAUCUGGCUUUAUUUGAAGCCUUACAACUAAAUCGUAAUCGUUUGGUGAGCCCCUUGGAUUUGCAUGAAACCAUCCAACAUGCUCUAGCGAUUGGUGCAGGCACAACAGAGCCACACUUUACUGACUGCGCAAGCUGCCAAUCGGUACUCAGACCAAUAAAGGCGAAUCGCAGCUGCAGCGACGCUGGCAUCGAUUGGUUUUGGUGCAGUUGUGAGCCCUUCGUGGCCAAGUGGUGCAACUCUCAUGCGUCCAGCUUGUUGCUGAAGUCUCUGCUAACGCAUAUGAAUGACUUAUUACAGCAGGUCGGUUUGCUCAACGGCACUUGUGCAGUUCUAAGCGUACAUACGCUUUACGGUGUCUAUAAUAGUCAAGAAGAGAGCGACUACUAUUAUGUGAAAUUUAAAACAUUGGUGAAACAUGCCGAAUUCGAAGCGGCGUUUUGGUAUAAUAAGAACUCGCAGCAGGUUUUGCUGGAUGAGAGCAAACUAAAUCGCUUAGAUCACGAGGCUGCUGAAUGUGUAGAGCAUCACAGUAAGUUGCUAAGAAAGCUCUGUGUUUGUCUCUAGUUUAUAGUGAAUUGUUUAUGAAGGCAGAAACUUUGAAGAAAGGGUGUACAAUUGUAUUUAUAUUAUUUUAUAUAUGGAGCUGAUGAUGAUGCAUUUUUGACAAUUACAUUUUGACUAUAUUAAUAAAACUUUAUGCGUGUCAAUAAU